AUGCUGUCCUGGAGGCUGCAUACAGGCGCCGAGAAGGCCGAGCUGCAGGAGCUCAAUGCCCGGCUCUACGACUACGUGUGCCGGGUGCGCGAGCUGGAGUGCGAAAACCUGCUCCUGGAGGAGGAGCUGCGCAGCCGGCGCGGGCAGGGCGACCGGUGGGCCGAGGGGCAGGCCCGCGUCGCCGAGGAGGCGCGCAGCUUGCGGCAGCAGCUGGACGAGCUGAGCUGGGCUACGGUGCUGGCCGAGGGCGAGCGCGACGCACUGCUGCGUGAGCUGUGGGAGCUGCAGCGGCUGGGCGAGGAGACGCGCGCCGCCCGCGGCCGCCUAGAUGCUGAGCUGGGCGCGCAGCGGCGCGAGCUGCAGGAGGCGCUGGGCGCGAGCGCCGCUCUCGAGGGGCUGCUGGGCCGGCUGCAGGCCGAGUGCCGCGGCCUCGACGAGGCCCACGAGCGCGACGUGCGGGAGCUGCGCGCGCGCGCCGCCGGCCUGACAAUGCACUACCGCGCCCGCGUCUCCGGCCUCGCCGCGGCCCCGCCGCGCCUGCGGGAGGUGCAGGACAGCUACACGCUGCUGGUGGCCGAGUCGUGGCGGGAGACCGUGCAGCUGUACGAGGACGAGGUGCGCGAGCUGGAGGAGGCGCUGCGGCGCGGCCAGGAGAGCCGGCGCGAGGCGGAGGAGGAGACGCGGCUGUGCGCGCAGGAGGCGGAGGCGCUGCGGCGCGAUGCGCUGGAGCAGGAGCAGCUGCGCGCGCUGCUGGAGGACGAGCUGAUGCGGAUGCGCGAGGUGUACGAGCUGCAGGCCGAGGAGCGGCAGAGAGUGAUUGCCUGCCUGGAGGACGAGAAGGAGGCCCUCACCUUGGCCAUGGCGGACCGGCUGCGGGACUAUCAGGAGCUCGUGCACGUGAAGACCAGCCUCAGCCUGGAGGUGGCUACCUACCGAGCCUUGCUGGAAGGAGAAAGUAAUCCAGAAAUAUUCUUGACCGAGCGCAUUGAAACUAUGCCACAAGAAUUCAGAAACACGUCCUAUCAGUAUACCAACUCAGUAUUACAGAGGGAAAAGGAAAGAAAUCUGUUUCCAAGGCAGAAAACACCUUCAGCAAACUUCAAUCAGAACUCGAUGCUGCUUUUAAACCUAUCGGCUCACCCCAGGUACCCCCCAGCCACUGGAAACGCUGCCAGAAGAGGCUUUGUGGGCUCUGGAUAUUCACCCUCUACUACUACCUGGCAGGAAAACACUUAUGAAAAAGCUGUCAACUCUUACGAGAAAACUGCCAACAGUCAAACCAACUUCAGAACUUUCUCUCCAACCCAUGGUCUUUUAAGAAAUACUGAAGCCCAAGUGAAAACAUUCCCUGCCAGACCAAGAACUGAAGGUACAAAGGAUGCCCCCGCUAAUUUAGCCAAGCAGUCUACUGUUGCCCAGCAGUCAUCCAGGGAGCACCAGGACAGUGUGGCAGCAGGUGCUUCCCGAAGCACCUGGUCAAAUGAGAGGACCAUCGUUUUGGGAAAGAAAACAGAAGCUAAAGCCACCAGGGAGCAAGAGAGAAACAGGCCAGGAACCGUUCAGACGAAGCGAGAAGAGAAAAUGUUUGAUUCUAAGGAGAAGGCAUCAGAGGAGAGAAACUUAAGGUGGGAAGAACUGACCAAGUUGGAUAAAGAAGCAAGAAAGAGAGAAAGCCAGCAGAUGCAGCAAAAGGCGAAGGAGAAGGAGUCACCGCAGGAGAAAAGUGUGAGAGACAGAGAAAUACCGAUCAGUCUAGAGGUAUCGCAGGACAGCAGGCCAGAUGUGGCCCCGAAAGGUGUCCAAAUGCCCCUGAAGAAGGAGGCUGGUGACGUUGCAGGUAGGGGGGUGGAAACGAGAGAGACAAGGAUUCAGCUGGACACCAGCGACGCCCCCGGCUCUCUGACAGGCGACUCCAUGACCCAAACCAUUGCAGAAAACAUCGUCUCCAGUAUCCUGAAGCAGUUUGCCCAAUCUCCUGACACUGAAGCAUCUGCAGAUUCUUUUCCAGACACAAAAGUCACUUAUGCGAACAGGAAAGAGCUUCCUGGGGACAGGAAAACCAAGACUGAGAUAGUUGUGGAGUCGAAACUGACCGAAGAGAUUGAUGUGUCAGAUGACGCUGGCCUGGACUACCUUUUAAGCAAGGAUGUCAAGGAGGUGGAGCUGAAGGGAAAAUCGGCUGAGCGGAUGAUAGGAGAUAUGAUCAAUCUGGGUCUGAAGGGAAGAGAGGGGAAAGCGAGGGUAGUCAACGUGGAGAUCGUGGAGGAGCCCGUGAGCUACGUGGGUGGGGAGAAGGCAGAUGAGGUCUCCACCCCGUUUGAGGUGGAGGAGGUCGAUGAUGUAUCCCCGGGCUCCAAGGGGCUCGCUGGGGAGGAGGGUUAUGCAGAAAUAGGUACAGUGUUCUCAGGGUAUCAGCAUCCCAAGACCAAGCAGCCCCAAGAGAACGAAACUCAUGUGGAAGAAGUAAUGGAGGCGGGUGACUCGGAGGGGGAGCAGAGUUAUUUUGUGUCAACUCCGGAUGAGCACCCUGGUGGGCACGACAGAGAUGAAGGCUCCGUGUAUGGGCAGAUCCACAUUGAAGAAGAAUCCACCAUCAGGUACUCUUGGCAAGAUGAAAUUGUGCCAGGUUCUCGGAGAAAAAUAAAGAGGGAUGAUGCAUCGGGAGAGAAGAUUGUGAAGCCACUGGAUGUUCCCGAACCUUCUCUGGAGAAGGAUGUGGGUUAUACCCACUGGAAAGAACUAGCAAGUGGCGAGUUCCAUGCUGAACCCACUGUCAUUGAAAAGGAAAUAAAGAUACCACAUGAAUUCCAGACUUCCAUUAAGGCCGACUUCAAGGAGCCCAGACACCAGCUGGUGGAAGUGAUCGGGCAGCUGGAAGAAAGCCUUCCAGAGCGCAUGAAGGAAGAGCUGUCUGCCCUUACCAGCGAGGGCCAGGGCGGGCCAGGGAGCGUUUCCAUUGACGUAAAGAAAGUCCAGACCUCUCGUGGUAGGUCUGUGACCUUAGUUGCUGAAGUCAACCUCUCGAAAACUGUGGAUGCCGAUCAGUUAGACCUGGAGUUGCUGAGCAAGGAUGAAGCCAGUGAAAUCGAGAAAGCUGUGGAGUCGGUGGUACAAGACAAUUUGGCCAAGGGAUCCAGCUCGCCACCUGGAAGCCCAGACAGGGAAGCUGGAGCAGAGGCCCCAGCUGCUGGCUUUCACUUCAAGCGCUGGGCCACCCAAGAACUGUACAAGCCUUCUGGUGAGGACGGUGAUGCCAGCCAGGCUUCUGCCGGCACAGAGGGGGUCACUUCCCAGGGUCCCGUGUCGGCCACCGUGGAAGUCACCAGCCCAAGGGGCUUUUCCCAGUCACAUGUGCUGGAGGAUGUAAGCCAGUCUGUAAGACACAUUAAAAUAGGCCCCACUGGAAUUUGGAAGACUGAGCAAGUCUCACGCGAAGGACCCACUGCAGAAGUGGUGGAGGUAAGUGGGGAAGGUGACUUCAGCCAGGCAGCCAGCUCGGCGGGAGCCAGCUGGUCAGUGAGGCACUUUACAUGGGGUCCCGAUCCAAGUCAGUUGUCUAAAGAAGUGUUUCUUCAAGGGCCUGUUCCUGCCUUUCAGGAGGCAGAAGACACAGAAACGCCAAGCUUGGUAGAGCUUUCUGCAGGUACCUAUGGAUCAGGGAGGCACAGCGCAUUUGGCUCCAAAGAAUUUCAUGCUAACAGGGAAAUUAUUUUGCAGGGCCCCAUUUCUGGAACAGGAAAGGUUGAUUAUUUUCAAACAGAAGAGUCAGUGGGCACCCAGACUUCUGUAAAGCACCUUCAUUUAGGCCCCAGAGAUGGGUUCAGUGAGCAAAUACAGUUCACAGUCCCCCUUUCAGACCAAAUGGAGUUGGGUGUCAGAGAAGGUGCUGUGCACACCCACGAGGUGUCAGGAAACAGCACAUCCAUCAGGCCUGUCAAAGUCAGGCUUCAGGAGUAUCAGAACACCAACCAGACAGUUCCCGUACUGGGGGAAUUUAGCGACUCAGAAAGUAGUGCCCUCAGAGAGGACUUGGCAGAUGUGAUCCAGGCCAUUCCUGGUUACAUGGUAGACAGGAAAACCCUGGUGACUGAAAAGAACACCCUCCAAAGGGCUGUUUCCGAGCCUCCUCAGGAGGCUAGUGUGGGAGGCAUGUCAGGGGCAGAAGUGACAUCAGGUAUGAGCAGAUCCUUUAGGCACAUUCAACUGGGGCCUGGAGAAGCCAAAACCUCCAAACACGUCUUCCGUGGACCCAUUUCCAAAACAUUUGCACUUGCCAGUUCGGCAGACUCCCCUGAGCUAGGCGAGCUAGCAGGCAGCAGCAGAGUGCUAAGGCAAGUGGCACUGGGGUCCAAAGAAACUCCGUUUACCUUUCAGAUGGACGUGAGUAACGUAGAGGCAACCCCCAGCUGGACACAAGAGGCCACAGUUCUCUUCCCUACAGGGACGGAAGCAGCUCGUAGCGUGUCUGACCGUGGGACCUGGAGAGAUGCUGGCAGUAGACAUGACCAGGCAGCCGGCGUGAGCUCUCAGGGCUCGGCUGGGGACAGACGCCAGGCCCCGGGGGAAAGGAGCAAGGAGCAGGCUGCGCUUGAUAAGAUGGUGCAGCUGCAGAGGAUGGUAGACCAAAGGUCAGUGAUUUCAGAUGAAAAGAAAGUAGCCCUCCUCUAUCUAGACAAUCAGGAGGAGGAGGAGAAUGAGGGACACUGGUUUUGAUAAAUAUUUCUGUUCAAAAUGGUAUCUUAUUUGGUAACAUACCAACACACAAAGGCCUUUACUUAUUUUAAGGGAGGGGAGGCUCACUAUUAAGACCUCCCUUUUUUUUCAUUUUCUUCAGUGUUCCAGGCAACAUCCAUUUACUUUAUAAUCUGUAAAAUUUUCAAAUUAAUCCAUGCCUUUAAAGGCAUUGGAAUUUUGUUUUUGAGUUGGGACUUUGAUAAAAAUGCUUUUUGUGUUUUUAGUUCUUUUUUCUGGAGUUUUCUCUCCAUUCCUAGAGAUACUUUCUACCUGUUUUGCACCUGAUCACAGAAAUGCCUUGCAUCUGUUUAAAACUAUAGCUAGCUAGCUAUAGGUAAGAUGCCUAAACAGCCAUGCAAUUAAAGUAAUAUAUUUAAGAGUAAAUUUUAUUUGUAUCUGCAAAUAUGAGAUAGUAAACUAACUUUUUAAGGGAAAAACAAUACAUUUUUCUCUUUCCAAAGUCAUUUCAAAAAGAAAUCAGCAGAUGGCUUAUAUUAAAAAAAAAAAAAACCCAACUAAAUGAUUUCAUCUUUGGGAAACAGUUACUCGUCACAGAGUUAAAUUCAUUUUAAGACUUGAAUUAAUUGCUUUCUAUGUGCAGAAUUAAAAAUAUAUAGUAUUUUGUUUAUGGAGAGGGCAGCUCCAGCCUAUUGCAAUAUUUCAAUUCAACAUCCUUGGUCUGUUUGCACAGGUUCCUAGAACCCUGCACUGGCCCUGUGUGUAGGGGAGAAUGAUUAUUGGCAAUGCUUACAGUGCCAUUUAUUUUUUGUAACACUAAUCAUUAAGCAGCACACAAUCUAAGUAUUUUUCUCUUUUUGUAACCCCAGUUUUGGAGUAGCUAGUUCUGAUUAGACUAUGCUUGAGCUUCUCUGCACCUUAGCCCUUAGCACCUAAUGUUUAAUUUCAUUGGGGAGAGGUAGACCCUGAAGACAAUAAAGAACGUGAAGGCUCAGACUACAGCUGCCCUUGCAAUAUGGCCAUGUGCAGUUAAAGUGGAAGCACGAGGCGGACUGUGCCUCCUGAAGAAGCUUUUUCAACUCACCGCUAAUGGAGUUGAGGUCUUUCUGAGCUCAAAGAGUUCGAGGAGAAAAAUGACAAUCAGCGCACAGAAUUUUUUGCACUUUCAGUAAAAUCAUUACAGCUGGGGUGUUUUGUUCAGGGAAACGAAUAAUACGUUAAAUAGAGUAAGAUGUGCUGGGGGAGGCACUGAGUGUGUCUCCUGCCACCUAGCCCUGGAGCACCUGGCUGGGCCCCAGAGGAAGGCAAAGGCCCUAUUCUUGUGGGCCACGUAACGUGGACCUGCAGAUACACACUGCCUGGUUCAAGGUACUAGGAGAGCGCUCUGUUGGGUUUGUUUCAUUUUACACAAGGGUAUUGGUUUUAAAGCUUCCAUCUUUAAAGGUGUAGUGCCACUUAAAUAUGGUAUCAUUAGCAGCACAGUAUUGUUUUAAUCCAAACUAGUUUCUUUCACAUAAUGUUGUCUCUAACACGUAUCAGAACUGCCUGCAGUGUGCAGAGAAAUAGGGUCUGAGGUCAUGUCGUCCUCUGUUAUCUUAUGAUGAUGGGGUGGCUGAGGCAUGUGAGGUUCUGAGUUUCACACAUGGCCCUCAGACCCCAUGACGCCUGUCUCCUCACCUCCCAGAAAUGGCUAAAUGCAGGUAUUUUAAGGAGAGUAUGUGUUUUUGUUUUUUUACUAUAUGUGGAGGAGAAACACAGCACAGCUUUCAGGAUGAUCUAUUUUAAAAACAUUGCGUAGUGGUAUAGAAAGUUGAUGUGAAUUGUAAGUUUAGACCUUUGUUAUCUGCCAGAUGAGCUAGUAACUGCUGCAAACUGGCACGGAGGUGACGGCUCUGCAAGCAAAGACCUCUCAUUUCUAAUACAAAGACAGGUGGGUUUUAUGGGAGCUGUAAUUGGUAGUGAUUUUUGUACAAAUGAUUGAUUGGUGAGCAUUUGGUUACAGGUGGCAGCCUACUGAUUUGAUGGUAAGACAGACGGAUCAGGAGGAUUAUGUGAGUCUAGGUGGGCUUUGUGGUUAGUCCUUAAUGUCCCUCUCCAACCUUGUGACCUUACAAGUGAGUGUUAACCUGAAUAGGUGCACAUCAUGACCCACUUAUUUUUGGAAAAUAACUAUCUCCGUUCUUAAUUUUUGUCUCCAAGUCCAAAUGCACAUAUCCUCAAGAAGUAUCCUGCCAGGAGGAUUUACCAAAAUGGAAUCAGGUUACCGAGUCUCUGGAUCACCCAAGAGCAGGGUGUGCCUGAGACACAGGGCCAGGUCUCCCUACAGCAGCACGUCCUUUAAAACCAGCCACUCCGGAGACCAUAGAAAUCAGCUUUGUGAUGGGACGGGGUGAGGACACAGCCAGUCUUUUCAUAUGUAUUGUUGUAUAGACAGAACGGUAUUAAUGGAAUGUUUUUCACCUUCGCACUGGUUGUUUCGAUAUUGUUUGUUUAAAAUGUAUAUUUGGAAUGGAAUCCUCUAAAAGCUGAGCUUGCUAACCUUCUGCUCCCUGCAAGGAGAAAUGUCACAAGAACGUGUAAAAAUAAAAAUCUAAGGAAAAAACCCGCA